AUGGCUGCUAAGCUGUUCUACGUAGCGAUGGCGGCCGUUUGCUGUGCGAUGACUUCGGGCAGGCCGUCAGCAGCGCCGUUUCCUUUUGCUCCACCGUCGACCGCAUCGGUAGCGCCGCCCGGAUACGACUUUGGCCAUCCCCAGGUAGUCGACCCUGGCCAUCAGCAGCCGUCCGAACUCGACGACUUGGGCCAUCUGGUCAAUCAACUGCACCAGCUGUCCGAACACGAAGACUUCGGCCGUCAUCACGAGAAUCAACAGCAGGCGCAGGCUGCUCAACAGGCGUCCGAACACGACGACUUGGGGCAUAACGCCGACGAUCGGCUGCAGCCGUCCACAGGAGCUCCGGCAGCCGACUCGUCGUAUCACUUCGCGUACUCGGUGGAAGACCCGCUGACCGGUGACGUGAAGAGCCAGAACGAGGUGAGCGACGGCCGAGGCACGGUCAAAGGAUCGUACAGCAUGGUCGAAGCGGACGGUUCCACUCGGGUGGUCGAGUACACGGCCGACGACGAGCACGGGUUCAACGCCGAAGUGAAGAGGAUCGGACCUCAGCACAGGUACGCGACCGCGUCGGCCGACUCGUCCGAUGGCCGACCGUCGUCCGACUUGGCAUUUGGCCGGCUCGGCGGUGGCGGAGACUCAUCGGUGGAGAUCAUACGGUCCACCGACCAACAGCACAUGCACUUUUACCUACCCGAACAGUACGUAAUCACGUCGGUGUGA